AGCUGCCGUCCCUCCCACUGAGAGAAGGCGGGGCUGCUGAACUAAACUCAAUACAGGCUUCUGGGCCGCCAACGCCAAGAAUAAGGACGGUGCUACCUUAGCAGCUUCCGUGGACAUGGAGGAGUUUCACCCGCACAACGAUGAGGUUACUUUCAACACUGAAGAAGCCCACAAUAUCAUUAAGGAUUGCAUAGAAGGUGUACUGGGCAAGGCAGAUUACAAUCAUGACAAAGUAAAUCACUGGACUGCUGCUAUAGUAGAACAAUCUCUAACACAUCUGGUAAAGCUGGGGAAAACAUAUAAAUACAUUGUAACAUGUGCAGUAAUGCAGAAAUGUGGCGCUGGUUUACACACAGCAAGCUCAUGUUUUUGGGACACAACAACUGAUGGUACCUGCACGGUCAGAUGGGAAAAUCGAACUAUGAACUGUGUUGUGAAUGUUUUUGCUGUAGCGAUUAUCCUGUAGCAAGCUGAACAAGCUACAUUAAGUUACGCCAAAGCCUUUAAGAACAAACUAUCAAACACAGCACAUUGUAACAACUAUUAAAUAGUAUAAUAUUUAUGCACUAGAGGAAGUGGUAUGAAGUUUCUGCACAAAGUAUAUAUGAUGGCAAAAUAUUAUUAUUCAGUAUAGUGGCUGAAAGCUUCCUAAAGGCAAAGCUUAAGCAUUCUAAGUCUGUGAAUCCCCCCCCCCCGCUCUUAAGAAUAUACAUGCUUGCACAAAAGCACCAAAACCACCAUUCAAGGGGGCUUAAAAGAAACGUAUUUGUUAGAAGGAAGAGAAUAUGAAAUAUAUAUAUAAAUUGUCAGUGAAGAGCAACUUCUAGACUGUUGCAGAGACUUCCUUGGAAGAUUUUUAGAGGUUCUUCAAUAGAAUGGCAGAUAAGAUGCCCUAAAGGAUGGCUUGUCCAUCAUACAGACAUUCUUCUGCAAAGUGGAAUAGCAAGAGAGUGCUAGUUUGUUCUAGGGCCUAUAUUCUGAUGGUGAGGCCCAAGCCAGUCCCUCAUGUGAACUGAAAGAACACUCUCAGCAUGCAUGGAUUCCAUAUCAGAUGCUGUGGAUUUUCUCAAGGAUGCAAAAUAUUCCCUCAGAGUAGUAUGUUUGAUUGUCAUGGUUUUAGGGUUGCAAAGUAGGAUAUUUCAUAGUGCUUGUAUAUAAUAUUUGAUAGACCAAACACGACAAGAGAAUGGAAAAAUAAACAUAUUUUAAAAUUAUGUUGUUCUGCCAUUAGGUCACAAACAGUGCAGUCUGAUACAGACUCAAUUGGUUUAGACUGGAGUUACUCUGCUUAGGAUUGCACUGAAAAUAUCUACAGGCCAAAGUACCUAUUUUUCUCAUACAGGGCAUGAAUUCCUGCAAGCAAAUGUUCCUGUGAUCCUGGAAUCAGUAGCCAGCAUCACAUAAUUUUAUAUGAAGGCAUUGCCCUUAAGACAUACUUCCCAAUUUAGGAAAAUUAAGUUACCUCAGUCUGCAGUAUUUAAUAGUGAUUGACAGCUCAAUCUUACAUCAACAGAAUGUGAGGAAAAGAGUACCUGCAGCUCUGUCAUCGCAGCAUCACAAAGCACGUAUGGCUGCAUUAUAGUAAUCUGUGCGUGAAAAGAGUUACAUGCACAGAUAUUUACAACUGGGAUAUAAAAGAUUAGCAAAACUCUUUUAUCUUCAUUAUCUGACAUAUCUUUUAGCAGAAUAUCUUGUUUACAUCUUAAGAUGCACUUAUUAAAAGUCUAAUAAAGCACUGUGUCAUUUAUGAAAUAAGUGUGAUUGCGUUAUUAUACACACAUACUUGGGUGUAAGGUAUGUUGAACUCAGAGAGACUAGCUUCCAGGUAAUGUUAAUGGACUGUACAUCUGAAUUAUGCCUAGGAAUGUUGAUAUAAGAUGUUAAAAAUAAGGCUGCAUGUCUGCUUAUGGGAGAGUAAAAUGUGUUGAAUGCCGCGGAACUAUAAA